AUGCGUUACGCAUACACAUUCCCUGCGGUUUUCGCGGCCGCAGUCAUUGCCGCUCCUCUCGAGAACGCCAAGCGCAGCGAUGACUUCAGUGAUCUGAUUGGUGAUGUUGGAAUUGGGGCUAUUCUUGGUGGUAAUGGCGAUGCUACUGGUGUCAAGAACGCCAAGCGCGAUGACGAGGCCCUGAUUGGUCUGCUUGACGACGAUGAUUAUGAAAACUACGAAGAUGACGAUCUGCUUGAUAAUCUUCUGAAGCGCGACGACGAGAGCCUGAUUGGCAACGAUGGAUACGAUAAGCAUUUGCUUGACGUCAGUAAUGUUGGUGUCCUGAAGCGCGACGACGAGGACCUGGUUGGUGGCGGUAGUGUUGCUGGUAUCCUUAAACGCUCUGAGGACGGCCUCGCCGGUGAUGUCGGUGUCGCUGCUGUUGCUGCCGGCGAUGGUUCUGCUACUGGCGUGCAGAACGCUAAGCGCGAUGAUGAGCUUCUGGUUGGCCUCGUCGGCGGUGGCGGUACCAGUGGGGGUGGCAGUCUAUUGAAGCGCGACGACAAGAGUCUGAUUGGUGGUAAUGGUGAAAGCAACGACUACAACAAUAACCACCUGGCUGAUGUUGGUGUUCUCGGCGUCCUAAAACGCUCUGAUAGAGAAUUCAUUGGUAGCGAUGGAUACCACGAUGAUGGCGACCUGGCUGACCUUCUUGAUGCCGGACUCGCAGAGCGCUCUGAGGAGGGCAUUAUUGGUGACGUUGGCGUUGGAGCCGUCGCUGGUGGUGAUGGUGAUGCCACUGGUGUCAAGAACGCUAAGCGUGAAGAUGGGAUUCUCUCGACUGAUCUGGCCGGCGUCGUCAACAUCCUGAAGCCUCGUUCUGAGGAGGGCCUUGCCGGUGAUGUCGGUGUCGCGGCUGUUCUUGCUGGUGACGGUUCCGCUACUGGCCUGAAGAAGGAUAAGCGUCAACUUGAUGGAAGUAUCCUUGGAGGUGUCGGCCUUGACCUUCGCGAAGGUGGUGAUGAUUCCACCGAUGGCGCCAAUAUCAAUGAAAAGCGCUCUGAAGACAUUGGUGUUGAUGGCUUGAAUCUGGUCCCUGGUGGGGUGGCUGAUUACGUCCAGAGCGGUACGCCUAUUCUUGGUAUUGCCAAUCCUCGUUAA